CCAGUAAUACUUAGUAACAUUUAUUUUGCAGAAAGCUGACGAAAGUGAAGACAAAAUGAAGUUAUUUGCAGUCCUUCUUCUUGCUGUGUCGGCUAUAGCCGAGCCACCAGUUAACAAUAGAUACCUACCUCCUUCUCAAUCUUAUGGAGUACCAGGCUUUGGUGGACAGCGACAGACGGAUGCUAUUAUCAGAAGUCGCCCAUCAUCGUCAUACAAUGCCCCACGAAGACCUUCAACUGAAUAUGGGACCCCAAGUCAAGCACUCUCGACACAAUAUGGACCACCAUCCCAGCCCUCAAACCAGUACCUAUCGCCUAAUGCAAGACUAACUCAGCCCUCAUCACAAUAUGGGGCUCCUAGCCAAGGUUUUGGUACCGACAUCACGUAUGCUACACCCUCGCAAGAGUAUGGUGCACCCGGUCUUGGAUCCAGAGGCAGCAACCGUUUCUCUCAAAACGGCUUUGAUUCAAACUCUGGAUACAACAGGGCUCAAAACAGACAAUAUCUACCUCCUAACCAGAACGGAUACGGCUCUGAUGAUGGUAGUAAUGGCGAGCCAGCCAACUACAGCUUUGAAUACAUGGUGAAAGACGAGCCAUCCGGAAAUGAUUUUGGUCACCGUGAGUCCAGGCAGGGCGACAGGGCUGAGGGAUUGUACUACGUGCUACUCCCAGAUGGCAGAAAACAGACUGUCGAAUACGAAGCUGACCAGAAUGGGUACAGGCCAAAGAUUUCUUACCAAGACGUUGGUGUAGGCGCUGGAGGCUACAACAGAAAUGCCCAAGGCGGUUACUCAGGUGGUGGUUAUCAGUAUUAAAUGGUAGCAAAGACCUGAUAAUAGAUCUCCAUCUCUCUAAAGACAGUUCUUGUACAUUGGUAAUUAAGAAAUUAUUUCUAAAAUUUACUAAAUGGCAACAACUUCUGUUAUAAAUUGCCUUUUUCACGGAUCUUCUAAUUUUUAUAUAUCUUCAAGACUUAACAUAUUCGUAAAUUCUAUUAUUUUCAUAAUCUAUUAUUACUACGCAUGUAAUUAUUAUCUAUACUUAUACCACCAAUUAAUAAAUAAAAUAAUCGGAUACUGAUGUAAGUAAAGUACAAAUUUUAAGUAGAUUACGACGACAUAGGCUAUGUUAAUGGAUUGCGACUAUUUAUUUAGUUUUAAUUAUGAUAUACCAAACUAAAUAUGGCGAAAUGUAUUGGUCUUAUCUGUGGAAUAGACUUGUUUAUGCCUAAAGUAUAAUCACAGAGUAGAACAAAAUACACUUUGCUUUUAUUUAGUCUGUGUAUGUUGUCAUUAGGCCAGUAUUGCCAAAUUAAUUUAAGGCUUGUACAGAUAUUUUUUUAAUAAAAGACGCUUUAUAAAAUA